AUGUCAACUAUCGAGUUAAAAGAGUUGAAAACUCAGUUACAAGAAUUGCUGAAUAAGAAAUUUAUCAGGCCUAGUACAUCUCCGUGGGGUACUCCAGUGCUCUUCGUUAAGAAGAAUGAUGGAACCCUAAGGCUUUGUAUUAACUACCGGGAGUUGAAUAAGGUGACAAUUAAGAAUAAAUAUCACCAGUUAAAAGUUAAAGCUGAAGAUGUGGCGAAGACUUCCUUUCAAACAAGAUACGGUCAUUAUGAAUUCGUCGUUAUGCCUUUUAGGGUUACUAAUGCACCGAUUGCUUUUAUGGAUCUAAUGAAUAGAGUUUUUAAGUCAUUUCUUGAUGAGUUCAUUGUGGUCUUUAUCGAUGACAUUCUGAUCUAUUCUAAAAGCAAGGAGGAACAUGAACACCACUUGAGACUUACUCUUCAAAUGUUGAGAGAGAAGAAACUGUAUGCUAAAUUGUCGAAAUGUGAAUUUUGGCUGGAUAGUGUGACAUUUUUGGCACAUGUGAUAAUGAAAGAAGGUAUCUCUGUUGAUCUACAAAAGCUAGAAGUUGUUUUUAAUUGGCCGAGACCAAUGAAUGUGACUGAAGUUCGCAGUUUCUUAGGCCUGGCUGGAUAUUAUCGCAGAAUUAUGAAAUAUUUUUCAAAGAUUGCCUCACCACUUACUCAAUUGACACAAAAUGGGGGAAAUUGGGAAACACAUUUACCAUUAGUUGAGUUUGCAUAUAAUAAUAGCUAUCAUUCAAGUCUUGGCAUGGCACCAUACAAGGCUCUUUAUGGCAGGAAAUAUCGGUUGCCAAUUUGUUGGGCAGAAGUUAGAGAUAGACCAUUAUUGGGACCUGAACUUGUACAAAAGACCACUGAGAAAGGUCAUGAAACAAGGUCUCAUGCUCACUCAAGGGGUGAUGAAGAAAAAAUGGUGACAAGGAAGCAGAAGGCAGAAGGGAAGACCCAUGAGGCUGAGCAUUCACCUAAGAAGUCUAAAUCCAAAAACGACGACGGCCAUUUUAACGGAAAAUCGACCGGUGACUUUGCUGCCGAGUUCGAUAACUUCUGUAAAGCAGUGAGAGAACACCUCUCGGUUGCACAAAUGCGCGAAAUUCUGGAAAUCAAUGGCCAGGAUUCUUCCCGGUCCGAUGAUGAUGUCGUCGCUCGAUGGUUAACAUUAUGUUUUACGGGGGCGCUAGACAAAUGUGUGGUAUGCGGCAGCACAUUGGAGUCCAUUGUUACUAACUACUAUUCGUGCAACGGGGAUUAUAGCGAAUGGUCAACUUGCAGCUUCAAUACCACUAACCCGCCCAGGGUCAAAGAACUUAUCAAACUACCCGAAUCAGUUCAAAAACCACCUGUUUCCGAUUUGACAAAGAAUCACCACAAAGACAGAAAGCGGCGCCCAAAGAGGGACUCUGGAUCCACAUACAAACCAUUUGCGGGAAUGGUGAUUGCUUUAUCGGGUCGACUAUCUCAAACACACCAAUACUGGAAAUCCAAGAUUGAAAAACAUGGAGGGAAAGUUUCGAAUUCUGUUAGUGAUGCAGCUUGCCUGGUUGUAUCACCUACUGAGCGUGAAUGGCUCGUCCAAAGUUGCAAGAGGGGCGUACCAGUAGUAAGUGAAGCUUGAUUAGUCGACAGCAUUGAGAAGCAGGAACCUCAGCCUCUAGAGGCUUACAACGUCGAGGAUCUGGUGGAUAGCAGAGGAAUUCCAUGGAACAAGAAAGAUCCUAGUGACGUGGCACUUGAAUCCGUUGUAGCAGAGGUCAAAGUAAAUGGGAAAAGAGGAGUUCACAAGGAUUCUAAAUUGCAAGAACAAGGCGGGCAAAUUUUUGAAAAAGAUGGGAUAUUGAACAACUGUGCCUUUUCUCUUUGCGAUUUACGACGACUCGUGAAUGACAUUUGCGUAAUGCAACUGAUUAUGGUACCUAACACUGGCUUGCAUCUGUACUACACAAAAGGGAGAGCCAGUGAUGGUACAAAAGCAGAAGAAAGGCUCGAAGAAAGGGAAAAUGUGGACGGUGCUGUCAAGGAGUUUGCUAAGCUGUUUCAGGAGCUAACCGGAAAUGAGUUCGAGCCAUGGGAAAGGGAGAAGAAGUUUCAGAAGAAACCGCGGAAGUUUUAUCCUGUAGACAUGGGUGAUGGAGUCAAUGUUAGGCAUGGAGGGAUCGGUCUACAGCAGAAAGGGGUUGCAGUUGCUCACUGCAAACUAGACCCAUUUGUGGCGAAUUUCGUGAAGGUUUUGUGCAGUCAAGAGAUUUACAGGUAUGCAUUGGUAGAGAUGGGGUUAGAUUCCCUUGACCUUCCAAUGGCAAUGCUUUCUGAUGUCCAUUUGAAGAGAUGUGAGGCGAUUCUGCUACAAUAUGUAGAAACCGUGAAAACGCGGAAAGAGACGAGACAAAAGGCCAGAGCCGUGUGGUUGGAUUUCAGCAUGAAAUGGUUCACCCUACUGCAUUCUACUAGGCCUUUCAUCUUUCAUGACUAUAACGAUCUUGCACAUCAUGCUGCAGCUGCAUUGGAGUCUGUCAGAGACAUUAUGGUGGCUUCUCAUCUCAAAGUAGACAUGAGUGGUCCUACGCUCGAUGACCCUUAUAGAUACAAUAAAUUGGGCUGCUCAAUUUCUCCGCAUGAGAAGGACUCGGAUGACUACAAAAUGAUCGUGGAUUAUCUAGAGCAAACUUAUGAACCUGUCGAAGUCAGAGACAUUAGCUAUGGAGUAUCUGUUGACAAAAUAUUCGCAGCUGAACUAAGUGCCUGCCCUUCCUAUGAUGAAAUAAAGAAGAUGCCCAACAAAGCCCUAUUGUGGUGUAGUACUCAGAGUUCAAAUCUGUUAAGGCACUUGCACAAAGGACUUUUGCCAUCAAUAUGCUCGCUUCCUGUCCCGGGAUACAUGUUGGGGAGGGCAAUAAUUUGUUCAGAUGCUGCUGCAGAAGCCGCUACAUAUGGAUUUACUGCAGUUGACAGACCAGAUGGAUUCUUGGUUUUGGACAUUGCUUCUCUGGGUGAGCAAAUUACAGAGUACAAUAGGACCCCGGAAGCAGAGACUAUGGAAGAAAGGAAGGUGGGGGUGAAGGUUGGGCGAAAGAAAACAGAUGAAUCAGAGCACUUUGUUUGGAAGGAUGACAUCGAAGUCCCUCGUGGUAGAUUGGCACCCUCAGAGCACAAAGAUAGUCCUCUUAAGUACAAUGAGUAUGCUGCCUAUGAUCCGAAUCAGGUAUGGCUGUUUGUUUCAGAUUGUGUGAAUUUUCCGAGGUAA